GGCAGACGUGCCGAGGCGUGGAGUCUUGUCCUGCUACGACCCAUCCCUGUCCCAAUCAACUGAUCGCCCGCAAAACGGAGGUAGCAGCCGCAGCAAGGCAGGCUGGCGGCUUGGUUCGCCGAAUUCGAAGGCGCAGGCCGCUGCCGUCCACUCCCAGCUCGUCGCCCGAUCUGGGCAUCGACCGCCUGUCCAUGCUUCGAAUUUGCCCCUGUGUCAGUUUGCAAGCGCGCAGGGAAAGUGAAUAUCUUGGACCGAACCCGGAUCACUUUUAUCUGUUAUCAGACCUUAUUAGUUUCAGACACUGAGUUCACACCAUGACUUCUUUGGACACUGUGAGAGGAGAUCUUGCUCUCGUCAUUCUGUACCUAAACAAGGCUGAAGCAAGAGAUAAGAUCUGCAGAGCUAUACAGUAUGGAUCAAAGUUUCUGAGUAACGGAGAACCAGGGCCGGCGCAGAAUGUCGACAAGUCAACUAGUCUAGCUCGGAAAGUUUUCAGGCUUUUUAAGUUUGUCAAUGACCUGCAUGCUCUCAUUAGUCCUCCUGCCAAAGGAACUCCACUUCCACUGAUCUUACUCGGAAAGUCGAAGAAUGCAAUGCUGUCAACUUUCCUCUUCCUGGAUCAGAUUGUGUGGGCUGGGAGGACAGGAAUAUACAAGAACAAGGAGCGAGCGGAGUUCCUCAGCCGGAUAGCUUUCUAUUGCUUCCUAGGUUCUAAUACCUGCACAACCAUUAUUGAGCUUGCUGAGCUCGAACGGUUGUACAAUUCGAUGAAGAAGCUAGAGAAGGAACUCAAACCCCAAGAGCUGUACAAGAACGAGCAAUACCAGAUGAAGCUGCAGAAGUCCAAAGAGCGGCGUCUGGUUCUGAUCAAGUCGAGCCUUGACAUAGUUGUGGCUGUGGGGCUGCUGCAGCUGGCCCCGAAGAAGGUGACCCCCCGCGUCACCGGGGCGUUCGGCUUCGCCAGCUCACUGAUCGCUUGCUACCAGUUGCUUCCGAGCCCAUCCAAGAGCAAGUGAUACCAUCUGUAGCUGAGGGCAGCUGGUGCCUCCAUCCCCUACUGAUGGCAUCGACGACAACAAAUAAAUCCAGAAGAAACUCUCCGUGUAGCAUAUUGGGCACGCCAGCUGGCGUUAAGCGCGGUGGUGGUCAUGCUGUUUGGUAGAUACUUGUAUUGUUGACUUGGUUAUAGUCCUUUGUGGCUGAUUAUUGUACGAUCCAAGUUGUAGCUUGCGGUGCCGGGACUUGUCAUCAGUUGUCACGAAAUAAGAAAUGGCCCGUUUGAACUGUGAAGGAUGCA